AUGCAGUUGUCAGUGGAGAUCAUUUUAAUUUUAGUUUCUCUCAGCUGUGUGUUCACAAUCCCGGUGCCUGACAAUACAGACCUCGCAAGGAUUGUGAAUGGAGAAGCAGUUGAUAUAACAGAAGUUCCAUACCAGGCAGCUCUUAGAAGAAGAGUUCUGUCAGGAUGGGCACACUCUUGUGGUGCAGUCAUAAUUACAAACAGAGGACUUUUAACUGCUGCUCAUUGUGUUGAAGCAUUCGUAUCACAACCAUCACUAUUACGAGUGGUAGUCGGUACUUCGUCCCGUCUUAAUGGUGGAAAGACUUACGAUGUGUCGGUUAUUUACUCCCAUGAAGCCUUCUCAGCUACAACUUUAGAACAUGACAUUGCAUUAUUGGCUACUUCAAAAGUCAUAGAGUUUAGCGAAUCCGUUGCCCCUGUAUCUUUUGCUUCAGAACACUAUGUUCUGCCUGCUGGUACCGGAGCUGUUGUGUCAGGAUUUGGGACGACGUCGUACGAAGGUUCAUCAUCUGAAGUGCUGAAGGCAGCUCGAGUCAGCAUCGUCUCUCAGAGUGUGUGCGCCCGUGCCUAUCUACGAAUUGCAACUAUCGGGGCAGGAAUGGUGUGUGCGAAUGGCAGUAACCCACCAAAAGAUGCAUGCCAAGGUGACUCUGGUGGACCUUUAGUUGUAAGAAAUGUUCUAGUCGGUAUCGUCUCUUGGGGUGAAGGUUGCGCCAAUACUAAUUAUCCUGGAGUAUACACAAGGGUUUCUGAAUACAGUCCAUGGAUAAGGCAAAAAUUAGAAAUUCUGAGGACUAGUGGAUAA